AUGUCGGCUCGAUCUUUUGACAGUGAGUUGAGUGUUGUAAUCCAUAGCCCACCGAACCCACAUCCACAGCUAAGUUUGAUAAUGAAAGAAGAAAAUGGGUCCGGUGAGUCCUCAAACACCACAAUGGCAAAGCAUAAGAUACAGAAGGUCCCUAAAAUUCUGCCCACCGAGUCCACAAAGAAAUGCUAUGUGCCACAGCUAGUUUCUAUUGGUCCCUACCACCACAAGGACGAAAACCUCAAAUCGUUCGAAAAAUUCAAAUUUCAAUUCACAAGGGAGUAUGUGAAAAGUUGUGGACCAUCAUAUUCAAUAAACGACUUGUAUAACAAGGUUGCAGAUGUGGCUAUCGAGGCAAGAAACUGCUAUGCUGAGGACGCUAAUAUUGAUGCCCCGGACUUCACUUUGAUGAUGUUCCUCGAUGGUUGCUUCAUCCUCCAAUAUAUUCACUACAUGACACACGAAAACAAAGAAGAAGAAGCCAAAAUGAAGAUGAAGAAUCAUGAGAAAGCUUUCGUGCAACGUGACUUGUUCUUGCUCGAGAAUCAACUUCCUUUCAAAGUCCUCCAGGCACUGAUGACCAUGAACUUGGACUUUAAAGAGGAUAAAGGCUUGGAGUUGAUUAACAAGUUCAUUCAAAACACGCGGCCACCUCGUCCUCCUCAUAUUUCAUUUCAGGAAAUGAUGGAAAAUUGCAUUACAUGCAUUACCAACCCAAAAACAAGGCCCACAGAAGUACAAAGAAAAUUAGGCGAACCCGCUCAUCUUCUAGAACUCGUGCACAGGCAACUUACUAGCACUGAAAACAAAGGAGGAGGAGGAGGAGGCAACAAUUGUUACUCGAAAAUAAUGCAGAAACUCAUCGGCCGUCUCAAAAAUUUCUGUCCUAAUGGAGAAAGAAACAAUUGGUACUCGUAUCGUUCAGUACAGGAGCUCAAGACUGCAGGGAUCAUCUUCAGGCCUAACCAAGAAAACAUUUUUUUUACUGAUGUAAGGUAUGAACCUCUCGUCAUUAGAGCAAUCUUAAGGCUUCCUCCAAUGAUAAUUGAUGACUCAACCCAGUCUUUACUACUAAACUUGGUAGCCUAUGAGAUGUGUCCUGAUAGUCCCAAUGACUUGGGAGUCACCUCAUAUAUAUGGUUUAUGGAUACACUGAUUGAUAAUGCUGAUGAUGUGAAGGAACUGAGAAAGAAGGGAAUACUUCUAAACUACCUUAGUACCGACGAAGAGGUGGCUGGGCUUUUCAAUGAGAUAGCCAAGAACUUAGUGCCUAACACUAAUGCCUAUAAAGAUGUUCAAAACCAAAUUGAAGACCACUAUAAGAACAAGGUGAGACUGUGGAUGACUGAAUGGUUGCAUACCCAUUUUGAUACCCCUUGGACUCUUCUUGCUUUCCUUGGUGCUAUUUUAGCCAUUGUCUUGAGCUUUAUUCAGACUUAUGUUGCUAUCAAUCCUAGCACAAAUUCUGGAAAAUGA